UGCGAUCUGUACUGAUACUGAUGCACGUGUUAUUGUAAAUAUCCAGAGUUAAAUGGGUGGAAGGGAGUGAGAACAAGUACUAGCUAGUUUACUUAUUUAACAAGAAUCUGGAUGAUAAUGGCCAAUGUUCUUGCAUGAAAUGAAUGCAGAGUAUUAUGUCAUGGAUCACUAGUUUGCUUAUUUGUUCUGCGUCGAAUCUUAGUAGGCUUGAAUGGUUGUUUUUGUUUUGUUUUUUUGUAGACAGGAGUUAGAGAAAGAAAUUGUGAAAGAAACUCCAUGGUCCUACGUGGAGUAAGAUUGUAAUCUGGGAUGAAAAUGGUUAUGUGGACGGCAUUUAUCCUCUAUCUCUAUCCCACGUUGAAAUUUGUCAGAACAGUUUAACCACCAAUUGAAGUACAACAGAAAUGAUGGAAGUCUCUCCCUUCCCUUGCUGCUACCAGCGCAGCUCAAUUCUAUUCCGAAAGCCGCUAGCUUCAUUUUCAUCUGGGAAGAGCCAACCCAUCACAAGAAGAAGCUCAGUCCCCUUCCCAUGUCGCUGUUCUUUGCCUUCUUCAGAGAAAACUCUGCAGCAGAAGGAGGGAAGAAGGGCUAUUUUUGGUUAUCUUCUUGCAUCAACCGCUGCAGGAAUUGCUGCCUGUGAUGCUGCAGAGGCUGUUAGUACCAGCAGAAGAGCUCUUAGGGGAUCCAAAGUACCAGAGGAGGAAUUCAAAACCCUUCCUAAUGGUCUGAAGUAUUAUGAUUUGAAGGUCGGCGGAGGUCCAGAGGCUGUGAAGGGAUCUCGGGUUGCAGUUCACUAUGUUGCCAAAUGGAAAGGAAUCACAUUCAUGACCAGUAGACAAGGACUUGGUGUUGGUGGAGGAACGCCUUAUGGAUUUGAUGUUGGUGAAUCCGAGAGGGGAAAUGUUCUCAAAGGGCUAGACCUCGGCGUUUUAGGAAUGCGCGUUGGAGGCCAGCGUCUGCUGAUAGUUCCUCCGGAGCUGGCAUAUGGAAAGAAAGGAGUUCAGGAAAUUCCUCCAAAUGCAACCAUAGAGAUGGAUGUUGAACUUCUUUCCAUCAAACAAAGUCCUUUUGGGUCCCCUGUGAAAAUCGUUGAAGGAUAGUGCUAUCAACUCCACCAUUGGAAGCCGUUAAUGGAGACCAGUUGCUCCAGUUUCAAGAAGUUGAAAACAGACGACCUAUCUGAUACACUGAAAUCACUUGUUCUUAAUCCUUUUGCUGCACAUCGUUUGGUUGAUCCAUAGGUUACACAUUCCCAACUUCUCGCGAGCAACUAAGAGUGCAGAUCAGCCACUGUCUCAUCCAUUCGCCCAUGUCUGAAACUUCAUCCAAGUUUACUUCACUUAUCAGAUUCACUUUGCUGCCUGCAGAAGUGGACACUGUUAAGAUUAUGCUGUGACAAACAACAUUAUUGUAAUUGAAUGACUUGAUGUUCUAUCAAUUUGGUCCUGAGCCAUAAGAAUACUGAUCAAAGAUUGAAAACAUUUUCUUGGUGUAGAAGAAAGGGCCAAUGUCCUUCCUCUGCAGACCAUACAGUAGGAACCGAGCAGGUCGAGUAAAAGGCUAAAACAUUG